GGGCAGAUAACUUCUAUAUAUAUAAGGCAACAUCAAUGGCAUAGGCGUACCGGUAUACAAGUAUACCUUACAAGGAUAUGAUCAAGUUUAUAGGAGAUGCCUUACCUUGAGAUCGUUAACGACUCUCUGGCACGGAUAGAGGUCCGUAUUUCCGGACUACCGAGUCUCUUCUUCGAUCGGACAAAUAAUUUAUCGCUCUGGAGCAUCGUGGAGCUGUUUUUGACUGCAGGACACCCUCCGGAGAAUGUCAAAUUCUCUAGUAGACAGGACCUUUAUAAAAUGGGUCACCUGAUGUCAUUUGUCGUACAAAUGUCCUGCUCCCUUACACCGGAAAUUCACUUGAUAUCGAAAUACGUAAAACCGAACAUCCGACUGGCCAUGUCAACUUCCCUGUACCAUAUAGGCAAGAGUUCAUACAGUAUGUUAACAUCUAUGACCAAUGUCGAGACAAAAGAAAAGCUCGGUGAAUUCUUUUUAAAGUUGGUUAUAGUAGACCGAACAACCAGGAAAUCCACCCCUUUACCUAAAACAUUUGUAGAAAAUUUCAGAAACAUACCGUUCCUCUAUAGCAACGCUCCGUAUCCAAUACCAGUAAUACCGGAAAUGCCGGAUACUAUCUUUGCUAUGACUUUUACUGCACGCCACAGCGACAUGGACCAAAAUUAUCACGUGACUACGAAUCGGUAUGUCCAGUCUUUUACCGACUGUGCUACCGAGGCAGCAAAUGACGGAUUUUACAAACACUUCAAUGACGAUAUGUGUCGUUAUCCCGUGGAGAAGUUUGACGUCACAUUAUUAGGCGAAAGUAAAGUUGGUGACAAAUUACGUGUUUGUACGUGGCAGGACGAGGUUGACGUGCAGACGAUAUACUUCAGCUGUUUUAAUGGAAGUACGUGCGUGAUGAAGGCAGCGUUUGUCUAUGGGAUGCAUGUGAUGGCUCCAAAAAUCCCUCCACACUAUUUGUAAAUAGUCCAACAAUGCCUUCCACUACUCACUGGAAUAAGGAGUUGUGUUUGGAAUUAUAUGGGAAGUUCCACUGACCGAUUAAUACUCUUCAACAACAGAUAUUACUCUGGCGGCGUUGAUGUUGUGACGAUUUAAGUAUGGUUAUAGACGUUCUUUGAUAACUAGGAGGACGUAACAUCUAAUUUAAGGGUUACUGUGGGAGAGGGGGGGUUCAUUUGUUAUGGUGUGAUGGUAAAUAGGUGUCAGACUUAGUAAUGAUGACGACUGUGCUUGAACAAAACUUAACAUCAGUUUGUAAUUACAUGAAGGGCUGCUGUAAUGUAAAUAAUAUCACGGAUUUACGUCAAGUUGUUACGUUGCUUUCUACCACAAAAGAUGGGUGUUAUUCAACUCCCAAGGUAUUGAACAAUCAUAACAACUGUUGAAUAACAUUCCGUUUAUUCCACAUGUUGAAUAAACUCUAAAUGCGUUUUUAUUGGUUGAAACGGUGACCUUUGACCGGGACUAUUUUUUAAUCACGUGGUUCAAUGCAAUUUGGUUUGCUAACACUUGAAGGUCGCUUCACAAUGCUCUGGAUAUUAUAGCACAUUGUUUUGUUAUUUUCUUGAAAAUAUAUAUAUAGAUGUUUAUCAAUUUAUUGCUUUGAAAGAAUAAACCUACGCGUUGCUUUAUGAUUUGUAAUAAAUUGUAAUAUUUCCAUACA